UCGUGGCGCGUGCGACACGCACAUUGCAACGGGUAAAAGCGGGCGAAUCGCUCAAUUUCGGCUUCGGUCCGAGCGCGGACGGUCUGAACUAAGCUUUACUUUCACACCGCGAAAAGAUAUUUCGCUGCAACUAAAAUGUGAUAGACAUAUUGCGUAAUAUUUCAAGACAAUGACGUAGAGUUUAACGCACGAGCAUUGGCGUUCGAUUUGAAAAGCGAUUUUUCUAUUCAAUAAUGCCUUCCACUUGCCCGAGUGAAUAAUUCUACACGUUCCCGAUUUCGGUUUCAAAUUCGAUCCCAUUUUUCACAAUCACAUUGAAUUUCAAAUAUGGGUUUAAAAGCGUUGAUGUUUGUAUUUUUAUGACUAUUUCCUGGUGGGUGCCGGAGGAGGUGCUUUGUGUGUUCUGUUGUCGCUAAGAGACCAGAGGAUUACUAUGGGUAACCUGAGCAUCUUCACGGCAAGACUAGCCUCGUUGCUGGUGCUGCACGCCGCCGGCGCCGGCCUGGCGUCGCCCACUGUGCUGGUCUCCCGCCCGCCGGCCAGGGUGCAGGUGGACUGGCUGCCGACCGACAACCAGACCGUGUACAAGCUGAGGGAGGGAGAGACGAGGAGCUUGGAGCUGAAUAUCACGUCGAUCCCUGAAACUCCGGUGUUCAUCAACAUAAGCCCGUGCUCGAGGGACUUCCACUGGGCCUUGUAUCACGGCAAGACUCAUAGUCAAGGCUCCCUGACUCUACUAAAAGAACAUAAUGGCGUUGAGAUGAAGACGUUUUCUAUAUUUAUAGCACCCCAAGACAGAUAUAUUUUGCAGUUGUCUACAAUAAGAGGCGGGGCGUGCGCAGUCAGCGUGCGAGGGGAGUCCACCAGGCUUGUGCGACUACGCCUACGGACCAGGUCUCGAAGAAGGCUUGUCGCCAACUGGGAUCCUAGCCCUAUAGAUCCGCAAGCCACCACUUACUGCGUCGUGGCGUCCCACUUGAAAAACUACACGUCUCUAUGCGCAGCGCAAUGCGACUCGAAAGCGAACCGAUUAGAAAACAAAUCAUUCGAACAGUACGAUCGGGACUCGAUUGAGAAUCGAGAAGAUUCCCGUCAAAUCGAUUGCGCGAGCGCUCAAAUCGACAACAAAGUGGAGGUGGAUCCUUUCGGGAUUUUUGAGGGUAACUUCAAAAGCGUUUACAGGAGAAAAAAGUUCGGACGAAGCACAAAAGUAAGCGAUGAAGACCCAGUGAUAGCGUGUGUUGGUGAUAGAACUCAUCAUCUUUUCGAAAACUUGGAUCCUAGCAAGAUGUACUACGUAAGCGUUUUUGGUCUAGCCACUGAUCGCCAAGCGGGGUCUCUGCUAGCUACUAGCAGCGUGCGCCCGCGCACUUCCACAGCGAAAAGGCUGCGCGAAAACCAGCCCUACAGAGCUGACAUUAGGAGCAAAGUCGUGUAUUACUUCAAGGCGACAGUGGGAAUGGGAGGAGGUCUCUGGCUAACUGUCACUACCUGCGGAGGAGCUGUGGACAUCGAGGUGACAGUGAGAGGCAAACGCCUCUACAUGGCGAAGAACAUUGAUUCCCAUUCCAAAUUCUUCGUGCCGACCCCAAUACCGAACUCCUCGAUUCAGGAGACUAGUGACGAGGGCUCCGUACAGUUCGACUCCAGUUCGGAAGAAGCCAGGAUGCGGUACGUGAUCAAGGUCGCGCCCAGCAGGUGGGAUCGGGACGGCACUGUCAAUGUGGAGAUAGCAGCCUCCACAUCUAGAUGGGGUGUCAACACGCCAGAACUGUCUGAAGAUGGCGCCAUAGUCCGCGAGCUUAGACCGAAGAGGUCCUGCAGAUCUAUCGACAUCGCCUUCUUGCCAGCGACGCAUAACGCCACCGAUGUUAUUAGAUAUUGCAUCAUGGUCCGUGAGAGCCCGAAUGGAGACUUUAAUGCUUGUUCUUUUACGAGAAAAUACGCAGCUAGAAACCAGUGCUUCAACAACAUACAAAGACCACCAACCAGGGUGAUAGUCCAGAAGAUCGGCGGUCUCAAGCCAGGGAGGAAGUACGCGUUGCAAGUCACCGCCUCAACUAAAGGCAGCUCUGUGCCUUACAAAAUGCUUUACGUCGACACAAAUAUAUCUUGCAAGGACGACGUGUAGACCCAGUAUUAGUAGAAUUAGAAAAUUUUGAUUGUAACUAAGUAGGAAGUCUUAUUUGGAAUUGCCUUUUAGCGGGCGUGAUCCUAGAGACGGUCUUGCCCUGAAGCUAGGCAAUGAGGACUAUCCUAACUAAUAUUAUAAAUGCGAAAGUAACUCUGUCUGUCUGUCUGUCUGUCUGUCUGUUACGCUUUCCCGCUUAAACCUCGCAACCGAUUUUGAUGAAAUUUGGCAUAGAGAUAGUUUGAGUCCCGGGAAAGAACAUAGGAUAGUUUUUAUCCCGGUUUUUGAAACAGGGACGCGCGCGAUAAAGUUUUUCUGUGACAGACAAAAUUCCACGCGGGCGAAGCCGCGGGCGGAAAGCUAGUUAGUUUAUACUUACAACCCGACCAAGUUAACUGCUCACCUGGCUGCCGUGUGACGUCACUUCGACGCUCUAGUAUAGACAGGGCGAAGUGCGAACGCGGGGAGGUGUGCAAGUGAGUGCGAGAGAGAGUCUCGCACUCACUUUCACACCGAAAACCAGUCGAAAAAUGUGUUUUUUGUAUGGAGUUGUGACGGAUUCGAUUUGAUCAAAAAGUGCAACUUGUCUAGGGGGGCGGGUUGUAACAGUAGGCACCACUGGCGAGUGACAGUACCUUACUCUACAGUGGCGCUAUCCUAGUGAGUGCAAUGCGAUAGUGCUAUCGCUUUAGCACUCACCAAUUGGCGCCACUGUCUUAGCCACUAGCAAGUGACAGUACCUUAUUACUCUACAGUGGCGCCAACGUAAGCGCUAAAACCUAUAACGAUAGUCCUCAUUGUGUAAGGUCAUGCAGUAGGUAAAUCAUAAAAGAAUGUAGGUAGGUAACUACCAGUUAUUUUCGGGCACACUGUAAAAUAAAUACCUAUUUCUUCUAAAGUGGGAAAAUGUUACGCUACUUCUAAGAUGUUCAAAAUCAAUGAUAAAAUUGUAUUCUUUUAUGUCCGGCCUGUACUGUACCUCUAUCACUAUGGGCGCAUUAUUAAUAUCUAUUGAUUAGUUCUGGUAAACUUUAUUAGACUUUUCAAAAAUAAUUCGGACGACAUUUCCCUCCUUUCUUCUGUUGGAUAAAACAUCAAAUCUAGAGUCAUAAUGCCGUAGGUAAUUGACUCAUCCAAUUUUUUUCGAUUUGAUUAUUUACAAUUGACUACUUCACCUGAUGGAAGCUAGGUUAAAUUUUUCCAUGUAUGUGUAUAAGUAAUCCUGUUGUAGAAUUGGAAGCAUUAGUACUUAAACAAUAAAUUAUUUCUACUAAUUUAAAAGGCAUUUAAAACUAGAUUUUAUUGUAAUACCUUGAUUUUAAUGAUUGUGUAACAAAAAAAUAAUUAAGUUUGUGUUGUCUGUCGUACCUAUGUUCCUAUCAGUUUGUUGUAAAUAAUGACUGUAAAUAGAUUUUGAUAAAUAAAA